AUGAACGAGGACGCCAUGGUGGUGGGGUUAAUUCAACUCCCAACGACGUUAAGACGGCGACUUCUUGUACUCAAGUUCCAAACACCGUUCUACCUAACGCUGGACGCAGACGUCUUGUGCUCCAAGGACCAGCUCACGGAGGAAGACUUGCUACCGCAAGGCAAGGGGAACUACGUUCCGGAAGGGAGGAACGUCCACCCCGCGUGGUGGUCAGAGGCAGCCAAGACGUUGGGCGUCGAGGAGAAUCCCAUCGGUGGGGGGUUCGGGGUGACCCCGGCGGUGCUGAGCACCAGGGGGGCUGCCCUUGCGUUGGAACGAUUGCGGGCGGUGCACGGGAAGGAAGGCUUCCUCCGAACGGUCCUAGACGGGUGGUGGGUUGAGCCCGGCAGGUGGUGGUCGGAGUACACGUUGUACCGCACCGCGCUCGACCACUGGGGCGUCUUCGACACCUUCCACGCCACUGGCCCCACCGCGCUUCUCGGGGAAACCUCGGUCUGGUUCUCGGAGCAGUUCGAAGCCUGGAACGUAACGGCGGCGUUCGACGAUGACCCUGCGGCCUUCGUUGUCGUGCAGUCAACGACCGACGUCGGCGUGACGGGUGUAAUGCGAAAAAUCAAUCGAGGUCUAGAGGAGGAGCACGACCCGUUAACGCCACUUGGUGCGGCGUCUUCCCUUCGCCGUAGAAUCGCUAGGGGAAUGGCGGAAAUGGACAUGCUGUGCUCAAGUGCAUCCAAAAGUGUCGAAAAGAGCUGGGCUAUGUAG